CACCAAGAAACUGGAGAAAUCAACUGGACUUUGAAUAUCAUUUCACCUGUACAUUUUGCCAAGUGGAGAGAAAGGUAGCAUUUUGAAACAUGAAGACUAUGAUUCUACUACUUUAUCUUCUAGGAUCAACUCAGUCAUUACCGGCACAGCUCAACCCUGCUUUGGGACUUCCUCCAACGAAACUGACUCCACACCAGGCAACACUGCUAAACCAGCAACAGCCAAAUCAGGUCUUCCCCUCUUUAAGUCUAAUACCACUGACACAGAUGUUCACGCUGGCAUCAGAUCUGCAGCUGCUAAAUCCUGCUGCAGGGAUGGCUUCUGGUACCCAGACACUCCCACUCAGCCUGGGGGUAUUGAACACACAACAGCAGCUGCAACCCCAAAUGUUACCAGUUAUUGUAGCACACCUUGGAGCCCAUGGAGCUAUCCUGAGCUCAGAGGAAUUGCCAGGGUCCCCACAAAUCUUCACAGGCCUCAUUUUUCAGCCACUGUUUCCUGGAGCCAUCCUGCCUACCAGUCCAGCUAAUCCAGAUGCCCAGAAUGGAAUCCUUCCUGCAGGGCAAGCAGGAGGGAAUCCUGCCAUCCAGGGAACCCCGGAGAGCUUCUCCACAACUCCCAGCGACACAGAUGAUGACUUUGGAGUGACCGCCCCUGCAGGCAUCCAAAGGGGCACACACACUACCCAGGAAACCACCAGUGGGCCACCAAAUGGAACUCAGUAAGCUGUUUUGAAUUUUUUCAACUAAGCUGCCUGAAAUGUGGUGAUACAUGCAAAUAGAUGGAGACACACUAGAGACUGUCAGAAGAAACUCUUAGUUUACCUAACUUUCUUGAAAUUUCAGAAAACAUAUUUCUCAGAAUAUGUUCAGAAGAGAAUAAUGACUUCUGGAAAAAAAAAUUGAAUGGAUACAUUUGCUAUGCUACCUUGGACCUGGAAGAUAUACAUA